CGUGGUGCUCGUCAUGUGCGCGGUGUGUAGCUCGUGGUACGAGGUGCCAAACGUUCCACACAACAUCUGUCUGUGGACAAAGCGUAUCUUUGUGCCGUGUGAAGGUGCAGCGUGGAGCCAGUGCGCAAUCAGUGCCCGUGUUUUAGUUCCACUAAUAGGGUUGGUGGUGAACGAAGCGGACUCAGUAAUGAACGUUUGUACCCGACUAUCACUGGGUCCAAAGGCAUAGCAUCCGCGGCUAUAUGUCAAGGGCAUUGUUCCCCUCAGCACUGCUUUUUUUGGGGCAGCCGCUGUACAUACAGGUGGUGUCGUGCACACUACACCACCACAUAUAGGACGUCUCCUUGUGUAAGUGUCACCACCCGAGUCAUCUGUAAUGUUUCAGCAUGGUGGUGUCGCCACGCGAGGACGGAUUUCACGCAGGUGACUUCCUUGUGCCACAUCUGGCCCCGAGAGCUCUGGUUUGUUUCUGUUGCUUCUGAUUAGGCCAAGCUGAGUGCAUGCAGGUUCAUCUUAAUAAACAAACCGUGUCAAAUGUCAAACAGGGUGUCCACUAUAGUCACGGUCCCCCAGGACACUUUGAGCAGAUGUUACCCAAUACAGACUCUCCAUUUGCUGAUUUAUUUCUGCGUAAUGUGCAAAAUAUAUCACUAUGGUUGUAGAUGGACAGUUUUGGAAUAGAUUAGAGAAUACAGAUCAUGGCUACAUGAUAGAUUAGGAAAUAUUUGGCAAUGCUGAGCAAGAAGGUAAACACAAGUUUGUUUGAUUAGUAACGAGCAGGAAACGGAGCCAACCGUUCAAAGCUCAAACAUAAGCAGCAUUGUGUCUAAACGAGCAUAUUUAUAAAAUCUCAGCUGUAUCAUACCAGUUACAACUAUGCAGGUGGGUGCAUUGAACAUCCCCUCUCACUGAAUCAUAGGUCCUGCUCCAGUGGCUUGUUGGAGUUGGAUAACUUGGCCAUGAGUCAGGUGAGAAAAUGAAGCUUUGGAGUCUAUUGCUUGUGGCAAGGAUCAAGGAUUUUUAGGAUUCUUAAUAGGCUUAGCUGACCUGCGGCGCGGUGGGCAUGACUGAUCAUACACUGCGCUGCAAUUUUUUUUACUAGUGAGUCUAAUCUCAGCUUUGUCCCAUCUAAAUCAUAGCUAUUAUUCACGCUGGGCUGCUUCUUGCUUUCUCUGAUGGGAUUUCCUAUAUAGAGAACUAAUCUAAUGCAGAGGCAGCAGCUUUGUAUCCCUAUUGGGGAAGAGCAUGCAUGCAUGCUCUGUUUUAAUCUGCCACAAUGGGCCGACAAGUCUGUGUUUGAUGACGCUGACUGAAAUCCCAUUCAAGGUUGAGAUAAGGCAUAACUGCGUGGGACGACACACAUCUAAUUUCGGGAGGUCAAGUCCAAAGAUCAGGAUUUGUGCCGGCCUGCUCUCAUCCAAAUGCAUCGACAUGCAAAAACUCUACAUGAGAUUGUUCCUUGAGAAAGAAGCCAUAGCGUCUCAAGUCUACCAGCAGAAAUAGUCCCCCUGGUUUAUUACUGAAGGACAGUGUUUCUAUUUUCACUUUUAUUGCAUCAUGCUUCUCAGACAACAACAACAAUAGUUAUUGUGCUUCAUUUUGCCGUAGAGUCGCUCCAACGUGCACAGAGGGAUGCUUCCUGUUGCUAAACUGAGCUUAUGCUUCUAUUGUCUCUUGUGCAUUGGCUCGAAGGGAAUAGCUCGAGCAAAGAUAAAAGACAAGAGGAGCAUUGUGCUGCUUUAUAAUUUGCCACUGUGGAAUGUGUGUGCUGCAAUUAUGCUAAGUGGCCGUCAUGAAAUGCUUAAAUUAUCGGUUUUAAUUAAUUUCACAACGGAAAAUUAUAUUAUUGUUAUGAUUGAUUCUCAAGUUCAAAGUGAACUUAUCUUUAUUGUUUUAAUGAUCGUAAUGUGUGAAGUAGGUUUUUUGUGCCGCUGUCACUUCUAGCUGCCUGUUACUGACAGACAGGACAAACAGAACCUUCAGAAGUGGCCCUGGAUGAUCUGGUGCACCAGUGUGGCUACAAGGCCACUUUCUUCAUGCUUGUUUAUUCCAUGGCAGACACCAACAUGAGUCAUGUGUUCAUGGGUUUUCACACGACCUUCAGUUGUAGCUUGAAACAUAUCACUUUUUUUAGAACACACAAAAAAAAAAGGGAAGCUCCGUCAGUUUUUAGAUGAGUGAUGGGUCUGGCCAGGAUGAGUCACUGAUAGUCAGAAGUCAAAUGACUUGAUGGUAAUGUGGCCUCCAGCGUUUGUUUUUCCGUGUGAGUGUCUAUUUCGCCGGUGACUGAGACUCAGGGGGUUGAUGAGUUUGAUUGUAAUGAAGUGUGACUAUACGGGUCUGCGUUUCCUGCUUGCUAAACUGUUGGAAUGCUCCGUCUUUGUCUGGAUCGGACGGUCCACUGUAUACCAGCCAAUGGAAGGAAAGCAGAGGGCUUCGGAAGCUACAAUAGCGAUGAUGUAAUCCCUUUUCAGCGCACUGUCACAGAGUAAAUGCAUGCAGACAAGGGGAAAAUUCCCCUCCUCUUCGCCCAACCUGCCACAAAGUUUAGGGAAUUUUUACCUCGCAAAAAAAAAGCUCUGCAAUUCGUACACUGUAAUUAUCAAUACCAGAGAUUCUGUAGGGCUCACUGCCGCUGAGGGAGUUUAGCAUUGAGACAGGUGCAAAGUGUUGCUCUUGACUCUGGUCUGGACCUCAUACCUGACUGACAGCUGUGUGUCCAUUUGGUGGUCCGUUACUUCUACGCUCAUGCACGAAAGCAGCCUCUCUGUGCCCGGGUUCUGUCAUGCUGCGUCCAACUCUCCAACCCCCAAACCAAAACCCACAGUCAUGCAGAGAUCAGACACUGUGUAAUUCCCCUUCUCUGCUCCCAUCAAACCUCAUGCAUGCCGAAAAUAGUACGACAUGGCGUAAAGAUCGGAAGAUGGGGAAGAAAAACGUUUAAAAAAAGCUUGACAAACAACCACUUAAGAAAAACUUAAAGUGAGAGAAGAUUAAAAAAAAAACCAACACGUUGGAUAAUAAAAUCUGGAAUUCUUCUUCUGAUGAUGAUGAUGAUGUGUUGCUGCAGGCCAUCCCCGCUGCCACACAGUGAUGACUUGCUCGGUAUUGUCUCGACAUGUCUGCCAGUUGCGACACCGUCUCUGUGCUCGGGCCUGCACGCUCCCUGGAAUGGAUUGCAGCUCGGAGAAGAAUCAAAACAUCAAGCAGAGUUAAAUGUCCUCGUGCCCCGUGCAGAGCCCGCGUGAGCAGCGGUGGAAAAAUAAUUCCACGUCCAAAAACCAGAGUUUUUUUUGCUGUUGUCCCUCCUGUGGACAGAAAUCUGAGAAGCAGGCAGGAAUGCGUGAGGACUCGGCCAUGGCUGAGCUCAAAACAGAUCUCAAUGAAUAGACAGGUCUGUUCAGCUUGUCCUCAUUCCUCUGCACGCUUACAACUGUUUUUGUUUCUUUCAGGUGGCACUUUUACUAUGUGAUUUGUAGUAAAACAGGAAUGCUGGCUCAACAAUACACCGUGUGAAGUGUUCCCCCUGCAAAACACUACUCUCUGAACGCUGUCUGAGCUGCUUAAAGUUGUCUAAAAUAGUCAAAGCAUUCUCUCUGUAGUUUGUGUGUUGUGCUUUGUUUCCCUCCUCGUAUUGCUCCAACAUUUUCACAUCCUUUGCUUUGGAACCAGGGAGUCCAUUUCCACCCGGUGAGUUCCUGCUUCCCUCUCGGCUUUGCUGGAGAAUGAGACCACUGUGAACCGAAGGCGUCCUUUGCUAGAUUCAGAUGACUUUUUAAACAAAUAGUAAUUUCAGGUGGACUGAGUGAAGGGAGUAGGGAAAUAUCCCACUCUCACUAUUCCUGCAGUUUGUCCAUGUAGUUCAGUAUUUUAUAUAUAACAACAUAUACUAUAUUACACUACUGAAAUAAUCAGGCUAUACAGUUUAUAACAGACCACUAUCUGAUGAAUUAGGUCAUAGUCUCUUUUUUCAAGUCGCUCCAGGUGCAAAGGGCAGAUAAUAACAAACAUGUCUGCUUUCCCAGCCUUUCCUCUCUCGCUGCCUGUUUCCUGUGUGUUUCAUUGAUGUAUUCCAGGAUACCGGGGCCUGUAUGCAUAACAUGCAUGCAAAGCUGAAUAUUGACACGAUAGUUUGUCCGGAGAAAAGACAAAUGCGGUGGCAGUGUCGACACAGUUGAGGAAGCAGUAUGAAGGCUUGAAUGCUGAAGAGGUGGGCUUGCCCCUGCUGCACAGUUGUUGUUUUUUCUGCCUCCUUACUCGUCGAUCCAGACAAUCAACCUUCCCAUGAAGUCGGGAAGCAGCAUCCCAUCCCAGAGGCAGCCAUGUCUCCUUGCUAAGUGCCUUUAGCCUUUUGCACUGGUGUCAUGACCAGCCUGAAGCAUCCACCAAUGGAGCGCACCGUUGGGGGUUCCAUCCCCGCCACUGAUGAGUUUUACACCCGCCACCUCCGUAUGGCCAAUGGAGGGACUGUGGCAACCCGCACAGACAAUGUCCAUGCCACUGUGAGCGCAGGAGUGCCUAAAAUGGGUGUACGGGCCCGGGUGGCUGACUGGCCCCCAAGGAAAGACCUUACAGGGAUUGUGUGGCACUCAGCUACAGAGCCUGAGAUCUCUGGUGUGCCCUCUGCUGGCAAAAGUCACAUUAAGUUAGGCUCUAUAAUGAGCCCUCAGGACUCGUCAAUGCUGCGUAACAUUCACAACACUUUGAGGAAUCGAACCCAGGCCCAGGCCAACAACUACAGCCCUGACACCCGGUACCUAGCCCAAGGAGACUACAGAGGCCCUGCACAUAGAAACCGACAUAGACGCAUCCGUCAGCGCAGCAACAGUGAUAUGACUAUCAGUGAGAUGGAAGGCAGCGGAGACAGUGGAGAGGACUGGGGUCCAGCAUCGGGAGCCAAAUGGUCCCCACUCCAUCGCGAAUACGGUAGCACCUCAUCAAUAGAUCAGCAUGGCGCCGCUGGAGAGAGCUUCUUUGAAAUGCUUAGGGCCUAUCAAGGGGACAAAGUGGACCAGCGUAGCCCUGCUCCACAGAAACUGGACGACAUGCUGAUUGUUGGGCAAAAGCAGGCCAGCAUUGAUCUUCAGGAGGAUGUCGUAGACAGCCCGACUCCUAAAGCCAGAGAUAAGCCCCCAAAGAGAAGAACUAAAUCUGAGACAGGGGGUGAGUCUAUAUUCCGUAAACUAAGGGGCGUGCGGGGUGACUCUGACUCCCCUAAAGCAGGGUCUGACGUAGAGGACAGCCGGACGGAGGACACGGGCCCCCUUUUCAAGCCCUGGGUGUGUCAGAAAAGCUUUGCCCACUAUGAUGUUCAAAGCACGCUGUUUGACCUCAACGAAGUUACUCAGCUGCGGCAGAUUGCAGGCAAGAGGACAAAUACCACCACGGGGGCAUCUGCUGCUGCUGUAGCAUCGGCUACCUCCACCCUCUCGUCCACACACAGCCUGCCUUACAGCUCCCCGAGUGGUAGCCAGGAAGACCUCAGUUCUAGGGACAGUCCUGGUCUGGACUCGGGGGAUGAACAGAGCAAUGAAAUUCUGCUAAGUUGCCCCUGCUUCCGCAACGAGAUAGGUGCUGAUGGCAAUGGGAGGCGCAGAAUGGGAGUAGGUGGGGCAGGGUAUCAUGGGCUUGUGGGUGGUGGAGCGGUUCACAAUGGCUCAGGGACCCUGAGUGGGGAGGGAAACUUGUACGAAACAUCUGUGAGCACGCACUGCACUAAUGCUGGAGUGGCAGUGCUAGAGGGACCAAAGGAAGGCCCCAGCAUGCUCAGCGAAAAGGGCAAACAAUACAUUGUGGAGCAUGUGGACCUGGGAGCCUACUACUAUAGGAAGUUCUUCUACCUGAGGGAGCACUGGAACUAUUUUGGGGUGGACGAGGCACUGGGACCAGUGGCAGUGAGCUUGCGCAGGGAGAAGCUGGAGGAGGACAAGGAGCACGGCCAGCAGUAUAACUACCGUCUCAUCUUCAGAACCAGCGAGCUCACCACUCUUCGAGGUUCUGUCCUGGAGGAUGCAGUGCCUUCCACCUCUAAGCAUGGCACCACCCGGGGGCUGCCCGUCAAGGAGGUACUGGAGUACGUUCUGCCUGAGCUGGAUCUGUCCUGCCUCAAACUGGCCCUCAACACACCCAAAGUCACUGAGCAGCUGAUGAAACUGGAUGAACAAGGGCUGAGUUUUCAGGUGAAGGUGGGGGUGAUGUACUGCAGAGCGGGCCAGAGCACAGAGGAGGAGAUGUACAACAACGAGAUGGCCGGUCCCGCCCUGGAAGAGUUCCUCCAACUGUUGGGGGAGAAGGUUCGCCUCAAGGGCUUCACCAAGUACAGAGCCCAGCUGGACACCAAAACGGAUUCCACAGGUACUCACUCCCUGUACACGACUUACAAGGACUAUGAGAUCAUGUUCCAUGUGUCGACUCUGCUGCCUUACACACCCAACAACAAACAACAGUUGCUGAGGAAGCGCCACAUAGGGAACGACAUUGUGACCAUCGUGUUCCAGGAGCCUGGCGCUCACCCUUUCACCCCGAAGACCAUUCGCUCUCACUUUCAACAUGUCUUCCUCAUUGUACGGGUGCACGAUCCCUGCUCUGAAAACACAUGCUACAGUGUGGCGGUCACCCGUUCCCAGGACGUUCCCUCCUUUGGCCCCCCAAUCCCCAAGGGUGUGACCUUCCCCAAGUCCACUGUCUUCAGGGACUUCCUGUUGGGCAAAGUCAUCAACGCUGAGAACGCAGCCCACAAGUCGGAUAAGUUUGGUGCCAUGGCAACGCGUACACGGCAGGAGUAUCUUCGGGACUUGGCAGAGCGUCACGUGACCAGUACUCCAGUAGAACCCACUGGGAAGUUCCCCUUCAUCUCUUUGGCGCACAAGCGACGGGAGAAGGUGCGUCCGUACAGUGGGGCGGAGCUGCGGAGCCUGGGGGCCGUGACCUGGCAGGUUCAUGCCGAGGACCAGGUAGCCGGUGCUGAACGCGAAUGCCUGUUGGCCAUUUCAAAUGACUUCAUCAUCCUGUUGGAUCAGGAGGCCAAAGCGGUCGUGUUUAACUGUGCCACGCGUGAUGUGAUCGGUUGGUCAACGGGGAGCCCCGCCUCCAUGAAGAUCUACUAUGAGCGUGGUGAGAGUGUGUCACUGCGCUCCAUCAAUAACAACACGGAAGACUUCGGAGAGGUUGUCAAGAGACUGGAGCUGUUGACCAAGGGCAGUCAGACCACAGAGAUGACCCUGCGCCGUAACGCCCUGGGCCAGCUGGGCUUUCAUGUCAACUUUGAGGGCAUUGUUGCAGAGGUGGAGCCCUAUGGCUAUGCCUGGCAGGCUGGGCUCAGGCAGGGCAGCCGAUUGGUGGAGAUUUGCAAGGUGUCAGUGGCCUCGCUGUCUCACGAGCAGAUGAUCGACCUGCUCAGAACCUCUGUUACUGUCAAGGUGGUCAUCAUCCCCCCACAUGAGGACUCCACACCACGCAGAGGCUGCUCAGAAAUCUACCACAUGCCGCUGGUGGAUUACAAGAACCACAAGGAGGGCAUGCCCUACGAGUUAAAGUUCCCCUUCCGCCCCACCAACAACAACAACACCAAGUGGCCACGCACCUCAUCCAGCCCUCAAACACGCUCUGCUGGCACAGGGGGAACGCUGAUCAAGGCCCCACCUUCAGACUUCAGUGACCGCAACUCUGCUGCUAUUCCCCGAAGUGUGUCCAGCGACGGACGACCCGUGAACCCCAAAAGGUACUCCCCGGGGAAUGACAACUACGCUCUUGCCUGCUCCAUUGCGAUGGGCCGCACAAUGCACAACACAAACUCUCCCUCCAGCCUCCCCUACGCAGACACCAUGAGCUCCAACCGGUGGAGGCAGAAAUCUAUGCCGGAUGGGUUUAAUAACAACAGCUGCCAGUCCCCUGUGGCAUCUGUGCGGCAGCUGGCAGGUGAGGGGGUCAACGGAAGCAAAGCGUGCUCUAGCUCUGGUGUUGGAUGGACCCGAACUGGGGAGAUGGACAAAACCAGUGCAGAUACUGUGGUUUCCAAAGUUGUGAUUCCUAGACUCCAGUCAUCAGAGCAUGGCAGCCACCUGUCACCGAACAAAAGCACGAAGCCGGACGCUCCGUAUUCAUCCAGCCAGUCUAGCAGCAACACACUCUCGAGCAACGCCUCCAGCUCCGCCCACAGCGACGAGAAGUGGUACGAAGUCGGCUCACGUUCAGGAGUGCGGAGCGAUCUCGAGCUCAACGGAUAUCUUCAGGGCACCUCCACUGACAGCGGCAUCGAUGCCACCUCCUUCACUGCCACACAAAGCAGCACAGCUUCCUCCACCGGUGCCUUCAGGGCCAAAGACGAAAUCCAAAGGCAGGAUGACGAAGCAGGCAGCCAGAGGGCCACGGACUCUUCACCUCCAACACCAGACUCUGUUGUCGCCAUCGGAGGCAGUGAGAUCCCAGCGAAGAGUCCAUCAGCCUCUCCACUAGUACCUGAUGGUGGCUCCUACAGCCAGAGUGAUGCCGCCUCCCACUCCAGCACACUCAGUUCGGGCCACUCAGGGAGUCCCACGGACCAGGGACAAGACGAGGCGGCUGCAGCCACCUCACCUACAUCACCGGGCAGCAAGAGUUUCUACCCUCGUCAAGGAGCGACCUCCAAGUACCUGAUUGGAUGGAGGAAACCCGGGGGAACCGUCAACUCUGUGGACUUCGGCAACACUCGCAAACGGCACCAGAGUGAUGGUCUGCUGGGAGGUCAGCCGCAGCUCAGGGCCAAUCUCCGGGGCUCCCAGUCGCCCCACCGGCACACUGCCAAGUCCAGCCUGGAAGAAGACUUGAAGAAGCUCAUCACACUUGACAGCCCUCCACCUACAACAAGCGAAGAGAAGCCGUUGUUUCCGGGUCCGCCGCCCACUCGUCGCUCCCUCCAGAGAACCCUGUCAGAUGAGAGUAUUUACAGCGGGCAGAGGGAGCCCUCCUCCAGCGGACAGCGCGACACGCCUACCGACCUUCUGUUCAGCUGCUCCACCAUGCCCCGCUCACCCACCGCUCGCCAUGGACCAAGCCGGCGAGCAUCACACAAAUCCCUAGGAGACCUGACAGCCUCAGAGAGCUCAGAGCUGGAGCUGGAGCUGGAGAGGAAGAGGCAGCAGCUGCAGGAGGCUGCCCUCAUGCCGCUGCCUGACACUGGGGCAGAUAGCCCGCUCGACUGGGCCCACCUGGUAGACGCUGCCAAGGCCUUUGAGGAGCAGAGGCUGGUCUUCCUUGCAGCCCAAGAGGAGAGCUCCAUGGCUGAGAGUGCAGCAGCCACCAGUCCCCAGCAGGCUGAGCCUCAGGCAGCACCGCUGAGACAGCCCUCGCCUGGAGAGACUCCAGUCUGCCUGAUGGGGAAGGUCAGCCAGCUGGAGUCGAUGGUGAAAGUGCUUCAGGAGGACUUGAAGAAAGAGAAGGACGCCAAGGCGUCACUGCAGGCUCAGAUCCAGAGCCUGCGAGAGGACAACCAGCGUCUCCUGGAGGAGUCCUACAGCGCCUCAGCCAAGCUCAAGAAGUUCACAGAGUGGGUCUUUAACACCAUCGACAUGAACUGAUGCACACAGCUGCAGACUGCUCUACAUUAGGAGUUUGACCACUACUCAAGCUGAUCUGAAACUUGGUUGUUCAGUGCUACACACACACACACACACACACACACACACACACACACAACAGAAUUACUUAUAAAAACUCUCAUUAUAAACGUUUACUCUCGGGCUUUGACAAACCAGUGCCAACAUGGACUUACAUGUCAUCUGUCUUCAGCCUUGGAUCUGUGGUAGGAUCACCAUGAAAGACUUUGGGGGAAAAAAAACAGGGGAAUAGAGGAAAAAGAGCAGUGGUGCAACUGUGCGUCCGUUUUGAUCAGCAUGCACUCCCCUCCUGAGAAUUUCUCAAUUAUGAUGUUUUGUGUCCGAUCUAAUGGAUUGUUGGUGACCCUGCAUGUCAGAGACAGCGAGAUGUCGAAACUAACCAAGAGGGAUUUAAAGUCACUGUCCCCAUUAAUCUCCCCAGCUAACCUAAUUAAAAGUGAACAGAUUUCCAAUUAACACAAAUUAAAAUGUGUGAAAAUAGUCCCAUAUUCCUCUGAUAGAGCUUUACACUUUCUAAGAAUUGAGCGACAGUGUGUUGUAAAUUAUCAAUUUUCACUGAUUAUUUUUUAUGACUAACCAAAAGAAAAAAAGCUAUACGAGAGGAUGGGAGACGUCGUCUCCCAUAAGACACUAUGCUUUCUCAUAAGCAGUGUAGGUAGGUCGACACAGACAGACCGAGACACACAGGCCCUCUGCAUAGCACGUAGCUGUAAACACUGUAAGGCCACGUCUGUAAUGCCUAUGCACUGUGAUAAGAAGUGUAUCAAGCGUCUAACUUCUAGAGGGUUAAAAGCAAGUAAAACUUGUAAAGGACUACUGGUCACAAGCUGAUGAAAAGAAUAUGUAAUGUAAAACCACAGAACAAUAUGUUCAGUUCAGUGUCACCUAUUCAGAUUAUUGUAAAUAUAUGUUAACAUUUAUUUUGCCCUUGAUAUAUGUAAAGAGUAUUUAUGAUGAAGAUGAUGGCCAAGAAAAUAAAAACAGUCGUAUGCAGUCAAGAGAUCUGCAUGUACUUAUAAUGGCCAGUCACCUAUAUGAGAAUAUAUAUAUCUAUAUAUAUAU